AUGGUGAAAGAGACUGAAUAUUAUGACGUUCUGGGAGUCAACUAUAAUGCCUCUGCUUCGGAGAUUAAGAAGGCAUAUUACAUCAAGGUACUGGAAGCUCUCAAUUUUUUUUUAAGCAAUCGAGAAACUGUUCUUCCUAGUCGUUGAAUUUCAGGGGGAAACCAUUUAUCUCAUCUAGAAUUUGAAGCAACCAUGGUUCGUUGCUACAUAUUAUCUGGGGAUCGGUGGUCUCUCUUUCUAUUUUCAUUGAAUUUAAUGCGUUUUUUUACUGAUAAAUAACUUUUAGGAACGUGAUCUUAACAUUCUAGUUUCCAGGGGAUAAAUUUUCUAACCUGUGCUUGUAUAGUCAUGCAAUAUAGAACACAGUGUUCUUUCGUGGAGUCAGUAAGAGUGUUUUUGUAUCUUAUUUUGCAGGCAAGGGUAGUUCAUCCUGACAAAAAUCCUGGGGAUCCCAAAGCAGCCCAUAACUUUCAGGUACGCCACGCAUUUGUGUUGUCCAGGUAAUUUAUCUCAAUGCUUGAAAAUUUUCGUUGAAUCUUAUCUGGGGAUGGUUCGCUUCUCAAGUUUUCGAAGGAAAUAUGUUUUUGUCGCAUCAUUUUAUAUUGGUUGGCCUCCAAGAAAAUCUUAGAGGCCUGAAACCAUGUAGUUGGCUUUGGGGAUGCGAUGAAGUGAUUAAUUGCAAGUAAUUUUGAUCCUGAAUCAUGUGAUUUGAGUCUUCUUGAUAGUUUUCCCCGAGCGCCGCAAGUACUUUAAUCUUGCUUUCUGGAAGAAUCAGAUGAUUCUCAUUAGAAUCCGAAAUUAUUUGGAACACAUUACUAUAAUCAUCCUAUGCUCCACUUCACUGGAAAUGUGCUGCAGAGGUCUUUGUGCGACUCAAUGUGUUCAUCGAGUUUUUACUUUGGGAUUUCAGAUAUGCAUGUUUCCAAGAAAUUGAAGUCGAUUACCAUAAUCUUUUACUUGGAUUUGUAUAUUCACCUAUCGGAAGGACCUGUUUUAAUUAUAUAUUUUUCCCAUCUCCCGGGGCCUUCCAGUAUGUGACAAGCUGUUGCUUGUGCAUCCCUUCUUUUUUCCAAAACAUUAAUGUGAUGAUUGUGCUAAUAAUAAGCUGUUGAAGCACGUCUUCAUCAUUGAUGAGCUUACGGAAGGUGCAGCUUAAUGCGAUAUGAUAUUUUCUGUGAGCCUCUCUUCUCUUUCAGAAACUUUCCUGUAUAAAUAUCAGUUAGAGAAGCCAUUCGUAGAAGAAAACCUCCAUAAAUCCAUUCGACUUAUCUUCAUUCACUGACAAGUGGAACAUGCAAUUCCAGUGUGUCAAGAGUUAGUUGUCUUCUUUUUAUCAAGAUUUAUUAUGUUUUUAUGCAGGUGCUUGGUGAGGCUUAUCAAGUUCUAAGUGACCCCGUGAAGCGUGAAGCAUAUGACAAAGAUGGGAAGGCAGGUGUUUCAGAGUAAGUACGCUUUGGGAAGAUCAAAUUGCAUUUAUGAAAACUUGGAGAAGACAGUAUUUAUCUGCUGAUUAAUUUUCCGAUAAGGAAUGAUCAUGCACAGCACUGCGUAUGUAAAGACACGCAACCAUGCGGCAAAUUGGAACACGCAACCCUAUCCCGAUGAAGGGCGUAUCAUUCGCAAGUAGAUUUAGUUUCCUGGCAAGAAAACAGUCAACUUGUCAUAACUGUGCCGUCUCAAUUUAACAGUGAUUGGAGCAGGAGCAUAUCGUCCUCUUUAGUACAGAAAGUGGGUGCUUCUUAAAAAGGAAAAUCCUAGUAACUAUGUAUCCUGCUAGGAUUUCGUGUUUUCCAUUCUUAGCAAUGAUUGAUGUGCUCACUAGAAGAUAUCUGCUAACCUCCUAUUCCAUCUAUGGUACUUUUAUUUCUAGCGAUCAAACAUGUCAAGAAGUGAUACAUCAUGUACUUGACCUUAUCUGUGGUAUUUCUUAAUCAUCAAAUGCCAGUGCUCACUUCCAACUCUUUACAGUCCCCAAAACCAUUUCCUAAUCUCAGCCAGAGUCUGUGAGGUUGCUUCAUCUACAUGCGCCCCCCAUUACUAGUAGUUUUUACUCCAAAGCCUCACCCCAAUACUCUCCUUUUCGUCCUAUGAACAAAGUGGGUCUAGAUAGCCCCCCUAAUAUGUCCAGCCUUCUACCUUAUCUUUAUACGAUGUUUUUUUCUCGAGUUGAUUCUUUCUGUACUCAAACCUCCUCUCGUGCUGUUCAAUUUCUUAGUUGAGGUUGCAACGUCAUCAACUGACAAGGAUUCUCAACAAAAAUUUAUUAAGUUCAUUCCAAACCAAAAUAACACAAUAAAUUUUAUUUAGUGUUUGAAUCAGAUUCAUUGCAGAACAUUCUAAGUUAAAUUUUUAUAACAACUUUCUUUCAUUCAUCUGGAAAUGUGACUUCCAUCCAAAGGCAAUAAAAAUAUUUAUAUUUGGGAAGGAUAGGUGGCAAUAGGAAACUAUCAAAACCCACAGAUGCCCAGAAUGGACAAAGAUGUGUGUGUAGGCAACUCUUACUAGUCUCUCUCGGUGUUUAUGAAAGCUGACGGGUUAUCUCGUCAUCUGAACAAAGGGUUUUCUGUUUCAAAUGUAUUUUGAACCAUCUCACUUAAUGAAAGAAUCAAGAUCCUUUGUAUCUCUAUUAAGAGCGUAUAAUAUAUCAAAGGCUUCCGAAGGUCUUUUUCCACACCCAAGCCCUUUUCAAUAUGCAAUUUUUUGACAUUAUAAAUGACCUACAGGGGCCAUGCAAAAUUGUUCAAUACAAUUCCUCAAUGCACUACAGAAGAGUUGCUAAUCCUGAAGUCCCACAACGCUCUUUAAUAUAUGAUGCCUAUUUGUUUCCUGAAAGUACAAAUUGCUCCAUCCCGCCAGGUGUCAUUUGUCAGACAUCGUCUGUUACUCCGCUUGGCCUCAUAUCCCGCUUCUUCCCACUUUACUCCUUCCUAUCGAUUAUCUUCCUCAUUGAAACCUCGAACGUGAUUUUUUUUUCUCUCUCUUGGGUGGACAAGGAUUUCAUACAGCUCCUUCUCAUGCUCCUUAAGAUCUCAUGGAUUUGACAGUCGUCCUCUACCUUAAAUAUUCGAGUAUCAUCCCUCACUCACUGGAUGCUCACAUAAAAAGAAGAAUAGCUAGAACUGCUGUGGCUUUCUCCUCUUGUGUUCAGCAUUGGCAUUUUUUUUUGGCUUCAUCAUAUAAUCUACUUCCUUCAGCACUUAGUUGUGAGUUCCUUUGUACUAUGGAAAGUGAGGAGACUUGUCUGGCCUCCAGAUGCUCUAGAGCACAUAAAGUUUAUGUCAUUGAACCAUCAGACGUCGGGAAAGGAUGAGUUAACCGUGACCGUGUUAAUAAUCUGAUUUUCUGCUUGAUAAAAAAUACUUUUUUAUUUUUCCCCAAGAAUGUUUUAAGAACAUAUCGUUGAAAAAAAGUUUUCAACCUGAUUCAUCUUCUUUGCUCUUCAUUGAAAUUCAGGGACUCUAUGGAAGACCCAUCUGCUGUCUUUGGAAUGCUGUUUGGGAGUGACUCGUUUGAGGAUUAUAUUGGACAGCUUGCCUUGGCUUCUAUUGCAUCUAUCGAAAUUGAUGGGGGGCCACAGGACCCAAUUGUCUCGAGGAAAAAAGUUCAAGAAAAGAUAAAGGUACUGUGCAAGUUAUUGCGAUAUUAGCAUUAAAAAAACACUGUAUUAUGCCUUUUCGAGAUAUGUUUUGCAUAAAGUUUGUCAUACAUCAUGCAGUGACCGAGUUCUUAAAUAUUUAUUUAGGUUCGGAGCUGAAUUAGUCACUUAUUAAGAUCUAGUGACACAGCCUCAUACUGAUCAUCUCUUGUAUCUCAAAAAUUUGCUUUCUUUAUGUUUUUUCCCUUUUCUGUUUUCCUAUGGCGUUUCAAUUCAAGUCAAAGUAUUUUCGAUAGAAGGUGAUCCUGCUUUUUUUAUAAUCUCUAUUGUGGAAGAGUGUUCAGAAAAUGUUAAGGAAAUGGCAGUGACUUGCCAUGGGCAGCUAUUGGUAGUCAACAGUUUCUAGUUUGGCUCUGAGCUGCUGCAAGUAAGAGUAGCACUGGGUAGCUACAGGGGAUUGGUACGCUGAAUGAUGCAAAAUAGAAGCAGGAAGCCCUCGAUCAUAUCUGUGGUGUGGCCAGGAAAUUUUUAUUCUGUUCAGUGGAUUUUUAAGGAUCCCAUGGUUGAAACUGAAAGCCAGAUAGAAAUUUCCAUGGAAGUUUCGUUUAAUCUUAUACAGAAUAUGUAGAUUUAAGUGUUGUGUUUGGUUUUAUGACAAGAUUCUAUUUGAAAACUAGAGUUUUGAAGAGCUGUGGUGAAUUCGCGAUUGUAAAUGGUCUGAUGUAAAAGGGAAUGUAGAUAAGAAGAAAAGGGAUCUCCCAAAGAAAAUGAGGGAAAAAGAUGAAAAGAGAAGAAAGAUCUUCGUCAGUAACCGGUGUCUUCAUUCUGCUAAGAUUCAUGCUAAUAUGGUAUUUUUCUUCUCUCACAGGGUAGGAAUAAGAAAGUAAAGGUAUCUUGCCACGAAUACCAUUUUUCCUGAAAAUCAUCAUUGUGCCUGAUUGAGCCUGAUUGAGAAGUUUUUGCAUGACCCCUCAAGUUCUUACAAUGAUAUGUUAUAUCAUAGGUAAUCCACAAAGUUUUUAUGCCUUUUUCUGGCGGAUUUUUUUUCCCAAAUCCUUCUUUACUUGUCUCACGUAGCUUUGUUCUGAGAUUAUUUUUCAAGUUCUGAUAUAUUUCUCAUCUAAAGUUCAGAUUUAUUCUUUUCAAAACGCAGGAGUUACAAAGGGAGAGGGAAGAAAAACUUGCUCAGAAACUAAAAGACCUUAUUCAGCCAUUUAUUUUGGGAAACAAGGAUGAGUUCGUUACAUGGGCAAACUCUGAAGCUCAUCGUCUAUCACAAGCAUGUAGGUCCUUCAUCUGUGUCUUUUUUUUAUUCACAAUUAGUUAAGGAACUGCAUUUCAAUUUAUCAAGGAAUAUAGACCGUUUAGGAUGAGGUGCUUGGAAACUUACCAUUGAUAAUUGGGGGAAAAAAAUCUGACAACCAUGUGCCACUUGUAACUCUCGAAGCUAUAUUUCGUACUUGCCUCUUUUAAUUUUUCUACUGAAGUUCUUUGAAAACGUAAUUCAAGGCGGGUUUAAUUAAUUUCGAAGUCAACUUAAUCAAUUGAAUAUCAGAAAAUUUUACCCACUCAUUUAUGAGACAAGGUAACUAACCCAAAAACAAAAGAUUAUCAGCUCAGUCACGGAGGCAUGGAUGGCAGUGGCAUUCUUGAUGCCUUCUUGAAAUGUAUAAAAUUGUUUAAUCGAAUGGCCUAUAGCUCUCCAAAAACAGUAUACAGAAUUGUCAGACCUACAAGGUUGUGCUGAGCCAGAAACACGAGUUAGUUCCAUUUAUUUUAUUGAAUCAACAUCUCUAUUUAUUUUCUGAUUUAGAAAUAUUCUCCUUUCUUCUUUAGACAUUGACAUCCACGUGCUUUUAUUUUUCAAUCUAAGAUAUGAUCUCGGAAUUUGGCAUGUUGAUAUAUUGACAUUAACGAUUCAUACCCCCUUUUAUUUUUCUUGCUUUUCUCCUCAUAGACGAAGGUGGUGUGGUGGGGAUGAAGAAGAUAGCACUGAUAUCGUUUGUUUGCAAAGCAUAAGAUAUUCAUUAAAAAAAAAAAAGAAUCAAUCUCGGCAAGGCAAUAUACCAACGAGACCUAUGGAUUGCUCUAUUACAUUCUAACAGCUUGUGUCCGUGCAUGAUCAUCUUGCUAUGGAUCCUUUCCUAGCAAAUGUCCGGGUCGUUAGUAGUUCUGUUUUUGCGAAUUUUGACUCCUUGGUUCGUGCUCACAUUUAUAGAAAUUUUCAGCUUUUGGGGAGGCUAUGCUGCACACCAUCGGCUAUAUCUAUCAAAGACAAGCUGGAAGAGAGCUUGGAAAGAGUAAAUUAUUCAUGGGAGUUCCAUUCGUAGCCGAGUGGGUACGAGAUAAAGGCCAUGCUAUCAAGUCACAAGUCCAAGCAGCAGCAGGUGCUGGUUGAAUACAUAGCGCGUGGGAUGAUUUUAUUUUCGGAAAAUGUUUUAAAGAAUAGUUCCCGUAUUCUUCAUCAUAGAAAUAUCUCUUUAAUUAUAAAUAUUUUACCGAAUAACCUUAUAUCCGAGCUCAUAUUUUCUCCUAAAUGUGGCAUCUGCGGCAUUUAUAUUUUCUUGUGACAAAGACCAGAAGUUGGCUUGCUUGUGAGCUGAUAUAUUUAGACUCGUCCCCCAUUUUUUUUCAGAAAAGUCAACCUAUAUUAUAAAUACUAUAAAUAUUUUCUUGCUCCAAUACCAUUAACAGGUCUGAACAUUGCUGAUUGAGGAACGUUUCAAUUUAUUUUUUCAAGUCUUUUCUGCAACUGUUUCAUUUCAGUGAUUGCUCCUUGGGACCUGACUCCUGCCUUCGGUUCUGGUGGCAGGUGCCGUCUCUUUGCUACAGAUUCAAGAAGAAAUGAGGAGGAUGCAACAGAGUGAAGGUACAGAAGAGGACUUAAUGAAGCAGAUUGAAGAGAAAAGGGAUGAAAUGGUCACUUCUUUAUGGAAAGUCAACGUCAUAGAUAUAGAGUCAACACUUUCACAUGUGUGCCGAUCUGUAAGCUUCACCAUUUUCUGUGUUAUUAAAUAAUUCAAUGUGAUAUCACGCCAUUUCCAAUUCAGAAGCAGCAAUCCCUUUUUUCGGCAAACUCUCCCCCUUCAAAUCCGGUCAAGUACAUAUAUGAUAUUUCCGACAAGUACGAUGUCAAACUGACUGAAUUUAUUUUUUCAGGUCCUCAGAGACACUUCUGUCCCUAAGGAUGUCUUAAACCAGAGAGCCAGAGCACUGAGAAAGUUGGGAGCGAUAUUCCAGGUAUUUUCUCAUUUAAAUUCUUACAAAAUAUUAAAUUGGUCAUAUAAAUCAAUUUAUUUGGUGAGGAAUCACUCGGCAGAAACUAUACAUCAUUUUCUAGAUUUGGUGAUUUCGUUCGCUUCUCACUCCAGGUAGUGUCAAUGAUCUCGGUAGGCCUGGGGUUGACUUUUUUUCUAAUCAUGGUGAUGUGUAUCAUCAGGCUCCACUUUAUGUUCCCUUUCCUCUUUCAGGGUGCCAAAUCCAUGUACAGGAGGGACAGAAGCUUGCGUACUGAUGACCCAACCAGAGGAGCUUCGUCGUCGGCCGCUGACCCCUGA